AUGGUUGGCAAGAAGGGGGAGCCCAAAAAGGAUGCGGGGGGCAAAGGGAAAGGGAAGAAGGGCAAGAAGGAUGCGCCCAGCGAGACGGAGGAGACCUCGGACACGGAACUGCUGAAGGCAGAGGAGAGCGAGGAGACGGAGCCCAAGAAGGGGAAGGGGAAGGAGAAGAAGGGGAUGCUCAAAGGGGUGGGGAUGAAGAAGCCGGGCCGGGGGAAGAAGGCGCAGGCGGAGACGGAAGAGGAAGAGGGUGAGAGCGAUGCCGCGCAGACCAAGAAGAACCUGAAGGGCACCUCCAAGUUGGCGAUUGGGCUGGCAACUGACAAUGCCAAGAAGAAGAAAGGGGCCAAGGGUGCGGAGGCCAAGGGUCAGCCCAAAGCAUCCGCAGAGCCUGGCCUGACUGAGGAGGAGGAGGCGGCGGUGGCAGCGGCGCCGAAGGCCCGGGUGAAGCGGAGCCUCCGCAGCACCUCCAAGCUCUUCAUGGGCUUCAAGAAGCUGGGGCUGCGGCGGCCCAAGAAGGGGCAGUUCAAGAACACGUCCCGCUUCUUCUGGGGGCUGCAGAAGCACAGCACCAAGAAGAAGAAGAAGAAGAAGAAGAAGGCGGUGCUCAAGUCCACCUCCAACCUGAUGGUCCGCUUCAAGCACGUGGGCAAGAAGAGGAAGGAGGCAGCCAGCACCACCCCGCCGGCCAAGCCGUCCUUCCUGCUGCUACGGCGGGGCGGGCAGGUGGCCGAGGACAGCGCGUCCCUCUUCCGCCGGCGCCCGGAAAGGAAAUUCAAGCCACGGGCACAGGUGUUGAGCAAGGCGGCCGCCGCCACGGGUUGGCUGGCCAGGAAGGUCCUCUCCCGGCGCGGGCGGCUGGUGGGGGGCAGCCGGGCGGCCGACACAGCCUGGCUCACCCGUAUCGGUGCCAGGAAGCUGCCCUUCCCCGCGGAAGACGAGAUCCUCAGGCACCGGGCCAACAUGAAGCGGAUCCCCGGCGGCGGCGGGCUGUCGGCCCCCAGCGCCACAGGGCACGUCCAGGAGAGGCAGGGCAGCAUGGUGCGGCGCCCGUCCCGGCGGCGCUCCCAGCGCGCGCCCGCGGAGAUGCCAGUGCCACGCUACGGGUGGGCCGAGGAGGAGGAUGGAGCCUACAGCCGCCGGCGAGGCUACGCCAAGGAGGAGGAUGGAGCCUACGGCUCCCGCCGCGGCUACGCCAAGAAGGAAGAUGGCGCCUACGGCCCCCAGCAUGGCUAUGCUGAGGAGGAUGGAGCCUAUGGGCCCUGGCGUGGCUACGCUGAGGAAGACGAUGGAGCCUACGGCCCCCGGCAUGGCUAUGCUGAGGAGGAGGAAGGCUACAUCCAAAACCCAGCCUACCCUGCAGGGUACGGCUUCGAGGACACGGUGCCAAGCCCUUAUGCCGACUACCCUGGCUACGAGGCAGAUGAAGACUAUGGCUUCUACGGCGGGUUUUGGGAGGAGGGUGACCCACCAGGGCACCCCUAUGGCUACGCGGAGCUCGAGGAUGAGGGAGCAUUUGGAGGCAGGUCCCCCCUGGCCCUCUACGACCCUUACAGCAGCGACCCAGAGUACGGCGAGGAGGUGGCGAGGCCCUUUGGCUAUGGAGGGGACGCCUACGAGGACUUCGGGGAGCCCCUCGCUGGAGGGUACCUGGGGGGUGAAUACCCUGAGCAUCGCAUCCAGUACAGCGAGGGGGGGUGGGCGCCGCACGCCCAGUCCUCCUGCAACCCCUACGCCCUGGGCCUGGAGGAGAUUGCUGAGGCCGAAGAGCCCGAGGACACCUCCUCGCUCCGGGGCAUGCGGGAGACGCUCUCCUCCAAGCUCUCCCUCAAUAGGAAAUUCAGGCUCUUCCCCCGGCCACAGGUCAAGCUCUUCGGCAGGGACCGCCUGGAUGUCCCCCUCCUGCCAUCUCCCCACCUGCCCACCGCCCGUGACGAGGACGACUACGAUGAGUAUGAGCCACCUCCACCACCGGCAGCCCCCAGCCCCCCGGCACCCCCAGGACGGCGGGUUUCAGCAGCGCGGGCGUGCGGGAGCCCCCUGGGGCAGUUCCUCCAGCGUUCCCUCUCGCAGCCCCCCAGCCGCCUGCCUCGGGGGGCAGGGGGAUUUCGGGACCCCCACAACCCCCAGCCCUCCUACAGACGCUCCAGCCGCAGGCUGGAGGGGAUGGAGAGCGCCGGCUCGGGGGGCCGGGACCCCCCAGUGCGAUCAUUUUCAGCCAGGGACCCUUCCUCAACGGCGGGGCCCUGGGGACAGCCCCCUCCCCGAGAGGCGGGGGCUGUGCGGCGGCUGUCGCUCCGUAACCCCUUCGCCAACCCCGGGCGCUCCCCGUCACCGCCGCCAUCCCAGCAGCCCCCCGGCAGCGUGCAGGGUGAGGGGCCACGGCGAUCCCCCUCCCUCGGGGCCAGCCUCCGGCGGUUCAGUCCUGAGCCCCCCACCCCACCAUCAGCUGCCCCCCGCUCACCGGGGCCAGUGGCGGGGAGGCGUUUGGGGGUCCCCGUGGGGGGGUCAGGGAGACCUCUGUCCCCACGGCCGUCGCGGCGGAGCAGCCCCCCAGGGCUGCCACUCCCACAAGCCUGGUCCCGGCUUCCCGAGCCCCCCACCAAGGCAGUGAAGCCGCUGCAGAGGACCCCUUUCCUGGCACCCACCUCUCGCCCCGGCAGCCGCCGCCUCAGCCCCCCCGGCCCCUCCUGGGAUGCGGAUUUGCCCCCCUGGCAAGGUCCCGCACGGGGUCUCGCCGGGGUGCCCCCACCUCCCAACCCUGCUCCCAGCACCCCCAAAAGCUUCAUCCAGCGCAUCGGGCAGCCCCUUGCCGGGAUGGCCCCCCGCUCCCCCACGGCGAGGCCAACUCCGGCUGAAGUGGGGGCCCGCACCCCCUCCCCAGGGCGCUCUGUGGGGCAAUCCCUGGCGUCGCUGCUCGUGGAGAGCAUGGCCCCCGCCAAAGCCCCUCCGUCCUCACCGCCCACCCGCCGUCCCUCCUCCUGCUUGCCCUCCUUGCCCCAGCGCCCAUCCUGGCGGGACAGGAGCACCCGCAGAUCACCGAGCCCACCGGCGGGUCACCGGGCAUGGCCCGACACUGGCCGCCCUGUCACCUCCUCCUCCCAACGUGGGGACCGCAGCCCCUCACCCCAGCGUCGCGCUGCUUUCCCGGCACCCCACAGCCGAGCCCCCGGCUCACCGGCCGCCCUCCGCCGCGGUGCCCGUACCCCGGGGCUGGCGGAGGGCAUGGAGGGUGACGGGGCGGCCGGGGAGGAGGGCGCGGGGCGCUAUGCGGUGGUGACGCCGCAGGUGCAGAGGUUGGGCUCCUUCCGCCGGGCAUCCCGCAUGUACAAGCAGCACUGGUCCACGCAGCACGUCGUGCGGGUGCGGGAGAUGCCCGACGCCUGGACGGCCGAGCAGGGUCUCCUCCGGCAGCCCAGCCAGCGCGGCCGCCGGUGGGCGAGCCAGCGGGGAGCCAACAUCGCCCGAUACCUGAGCCAGCGCUCGCCGGCGGGCGGCUGGAGGGACAGGCACCCCUGGGCAGCUGGCUACCUGGGCACCAAGCAGCCCUGGCGCACCAAGAUGCAGUCACUGUGCAGCCUGCCCAUCGUGCGGUACCAGGAGGCUCAGGAAGAGGACGGGCUGGAGGACAUGACCCAGCUGGAGGACCUCCAGGAGGCCGCGGUGCUGAGCAAUAUCCGGACACGGUUUGAACGGCAGCUCAUCUACACCUACAUUGGCAGCAUCCUGGUGUCGGUGAACCCCUACCGGCUCUACAACAUCUACGGGACAGAGCAGGUGCUGCAGUACGAAGGCAGAGCGCUGGGAGAGAACCCACCGCACCUCUUUGCCAUCGCGAACGUCGCCUACUCCAAAGUGAUGGAUGCCAAACACAACCAGUGUAUCGUCAUCAGUGGGGAGAGCGGCUCGGGGAAGACCGAAGCCACCAAGCUCAUCCUGCGCUACCUGGCAGCCGUCAGCCAGAAACGCAGCACUACCCCGCAGAUAGAGAUCCUGGAGGCGACCCCCUUGCUGGAAUCCUUCGGCAACGCCAAAACCGUGAGGAAUGACAAUUCCAGCAGGUUUGGGAAGUUUGUGGAGAUCUUUCUGGAGGACGGCUUGAUCUGCGGUGCCAUAACCUCCCAGUACCUGCUGGAGAAGUCCCGUGUGGUCUUCCAGGCCAAGACCGAGCGCAACUACCACAUCUUCUAUGAGAUGCUGGCAGGGCUGCCCACCCAGCAGCGGCAGCGGUACUGCCUGCAGGGCGCCGAGACCUACUACUACCUGAACCAGGGUGGGAACUGCGAGAUCCCGGGCAAGGAUGAUGCAGAGGAUUUCCGUCGGCUGCUCAACACCAUGGAGGUGCUGAGCUUCAGCGUGGAGGAGCAGAACAGCAUCUUCCGCAUCCUCUCCUCCGUCCUCCACCUGGGCAACGUCUACUUCGAAAAAUACGAGACUGACUGCCAGGAGAUUGCCACGGUGGUGAGUGCCACGGAGAUCCGGACGGUGGCCGAGCUGCUGCAGGUCUCCCCUGAGGGACUGCAGAAGGCCAUCACCUUCAAGGUGACGGAAACGCAGCGGGAGAAGAUUUUUACCCCCCUGACUGUCGAAAGUGCCGUGGAUGCCAGGGAUGCCAUUGCCAAGACUCUCUACUCCCUGCUCUUCGGCUGGCUCACAGACCGCAUCAACAAGCGGGUGUACCCGCGGCAGGAGGCCCUCUCCAUUGCCAUCCUGGACAUCUACGGCUUCGAGGACCUCAACUUCAACAGCUUUGAGCAAUUGUGCAUCAACUAUGCUAACGAGUACCUGCAGUUCUUCUUCAACAAGAUCGUCUUCCAGGAGGAGCAGGAAGAGUAUAUCCGGGAGCAGAUCGAGUGGAAAGAGAUCCCCUUCAGUGACAACCAGCCCUGCAUUGACCUCAUCUCCCAGAAACCCUAUGGCAUCCUACGGAUCCUUGAUGACCAGAGCUGCUUCCCCCAGGCCACCGACCACACCUUCCUCCAGAAGUGUCACUACCACCACGGGAUGAACCCACUGUACACCAAGCCCAAAAUGCCACUGCCUGAGUUCACCAUCAAGCACUAUGCAGGGAAGGUGACCUACCAGGUUCACAAGUUUCUGGACAAAAACUAUGACCAGGUCCGUCAGGAUGUGCUGGACCUGUUCAUCAGCAGUAGGACCAAGGUGGUGGCCAACCUCUUCUUCGGCCAUGCCCAGGUGUUAGCCCGGCAGAGGAGCCUCAUCAGGAGGAGCAGCACCAGGACAAGGCGGUACAAGGCUCCCACUGUGGCUGCCCGGUUCCAGCAGUCACUCCUGGAGCUGGUGGAGAAGAUGGAGAGGUGCAACCCCUUCUUCGUGCGCUGCCUCAAACCCAACAACAAGAAGGAGCCGGGGCUCUUCGAGGCUGACGUGGUCAGCAGCCAGCUGCGGUACUCGGGGAUCCUGGAGACCAUCCGCAUCCGCAAGGAGGGCUUCCCCAUCCGCAUCCCCUUCCUCGUCUUCAUCGACAGGUACCGCUGCCUUGUUGACAUGUGGUCCAACGUCAUUCCCAAUGGGGCUAACUGUGUGGAGAUGCUGAGGAACCUUUGCCCUGUCAACCCUAGCAUGUACUACGUCGGUGUCACCAAGCUCUUCCUUAAGGAGCAGCUGUACCAGGCGCUGGAGAGCAAGCGGUCCCGUGCCCAUCACCUGGCUGCCCUCACGCUCCAGCGCUACGCUCGCACCUUCUUCAUCAAGAAGCGUUUCCGCUCCCUCCGCCGAAAGAUCGUCCUCCUGCAGAGCCGGGCACGGGGCUACUUGGCCAGGCAGCGGUACCGGCGCAUGCGGCACACGCUCAUCAAAUUCCGGUCGCUGGUGCACAUCUACGUGAACCGCCGGCGGUACCUCAAGGCCACCGACCACACCUUCCUCCAGAAGUGUCACUACCACCACGGGAUGAACCCACUGUACACCAAGCCCAAAAUGCCACUGCCUGAGUUCACCAUCAAGCACUAUGCAGGGAAGGUGACCUACCAGGUUCACAAGUUUUUGGACAAAAACUAUGACCAGGUCCGUCAGGAUGUGCUGGACCUGUUCAUCAGCAGUAGGACCAAGGUGGUGGCCAACCUCUUCUUCGGCCAUGCCCAGGUGUUAGCCCGGCAGAGGAGCCUCAUCAGGAGGAGCAGCACCAGGACAAGGCGGUGCAACCCCUUCUUUGUGCGCUGCCUCAAACCCAACAACAAGAAGGAGCCGGGGCUCUUCGAGGCUGACGUGGUCAGCAGCCAGCUGCGGUACUCGGGGAUCCUGGAGACCAUCCGCAUCCGCAAGGAGGGCUUCCCCAUCCGCAUCCCCUUCCUCGUCUUCAUCGACAGGUACCGCUGCCUUGUUGACAUGUGGUCCAACGUCAUUCCCAAUGGGGCUAACUGUGUGGAGAUGCUGAGGAACCUUUGCCCUGUCAACCCUAGCAUGUACUACGUCGGUGUCACCAAGCUCUUCCUUAAGGAGCAGCUGUACCAGGCGCUGGAGAGCAAGCGGUCCCGUGCCCAUCACCUGGCUGCCCUCACGCUCCAGCGCUACGCUCGCACCUUCUUCAUCAAGAAGCGUUUCCGCUCCCUCCGCCGAAAGAUCGUCCUCCUGCAGAGCCGGGCACGGGGCUACUUGGCCAGGCAGCGGUACCGGCGCAUGCGGCACACGCUCAUCAAAUUCCGGUCGCUGGUGCACAUCUACGUGAACCGCCGGCGGUACCUCAAGAGGAAGGAGGAUGCCCGCCGGCGGGCGGAGGAGGAGAGGGAGAGGAUGAAGCAGGAACUGACGAGGAGGGAGGUGGUGGACGUCACCCACCUGGAGAUCCCAGCUGAGCUGAUGGGGCUGCUGGAAGCUGCCGCAGCCUCCCGGGAGGUGAACGCCGGCUGUGUGGUCCUGGUGCCACCGCCAGCGCUGAAGCCCGACUCCAAGCUCACCCUCCCGCUCGACAUCAACGACUACCCCAUGGCCAAGUACGUGCGGGGCCACUUCCAGGAGCCAGCGUUUGGGAUGCUGACGGCCCCCCUGGCAGCCCCCCUCACCCGGCUGGAUGAGGAUCUGUGCCACGAGGCUCUCAGCCUCUUCCAGCUGAUCCUACGGUUCAUGGGGGACCCGGGGCUGGGCGGCCCACAGGAGACCCUCUUCGGCAACUACAUCGUGCAGAAGGGGCUGUCGGUACCAGGGCUGCGGGAUGAGCUCCUGGCACAAGCUGCCAACCAGGUCUGGCGUAACACCAACGUCAACAACGAGGAGCGGGGUUGGCUGCUGUUGGCCGCCUGCCUCAGCGCCUUCCCCCCCUCCGCCGCCUUCGACAAGUACCUUCUCAAGUUUGUCUCUGACUAUGCCUUUGCUGGCUACAAGCCGGUGUGCCAGCGCAAGCUGAUGCACGCCAUGGCGCGGUCGCAGCUGGGUGCCGAGGCUGCCCGCGCCUUCCCGCCCUCGCUGCUGGAGUGGACGGCGAACCGGCAGCAAGCCAGCAUGGCGCUCGACCUCCACUGCUUCAACGGCGACCAGUUCUCCUGCCCCAUCCACUCCUGGAGCACGGGCGAGGACCUGGCAGGGGAUGUCCUGAAGCACAGGGGCCUGGUGGAGGGCUGGCGUGGUUGGUCCGUGGCCAUGAAGGCAGGUGCCCAGUGGGCUGAGCUGGCCGGCCACGACUAUGUCUUGGACCUCAUCUCUGACCUCGAGCUGCUCCGGGGCUUCCCCAAGCAGAAGUCCUGCUUCCUCAUCGGAUGGGAGGGGGCCGAGAGCCAUGGCGGGGACAGCCGGGCGGUGCUGGGACACGGCUUGGAUUUGGAUGAAGUCCCUCCUCCUCCAGCCGUGAAAGCCCCCACACUGCCAUCCACGGAGGCGUACCCCACCCAUGAUGGGGAAUUUGGGGAGCCCCGGAGCCAGAAGGGUCUGGACCGGUACCUGGACAGCCUCUUUGACCCUGUGCUCUCCUACGGCAAUGGGGAGCUGGAGAAGCCAGCUGCUGUCUCACAGAGGAUGAAGGGAGGAGGUGGCACAGGAGGGGGGGACAGCAAUGGCAAUGAGCGGAGAGGACCCCCAGUGCCCACGGAGACACGUCAACCGAGGGGCCCACAGCCAGCUCCGUCCCCACAGCACCGGGCAGAUGCCAACCAGCCACCUGGACCCCCGGGCAGAGCAGCGGAGGGGACACCGGUCCGUGCCCCACAGCCCCGGCCCUACUUGCAGAAAGCUGCACCCGUGGGCCGGCGCUGGCCGGGUGAGCUGGUCCGGCAUUCCCGGCUCAACUCGGAGCACUUCCCUCGGCCCACGCACGACAUCCGCAACAUCAUCCGGCAGUGUCAGCCGGCCCCACGCGGCUCCCAGCCCCCCAGCAAGCUCUUUGGGAAGAAGCUGGACCCCCAUGAGGAAGCCAUGCAGAUCCUGAAGGAGCAGCUCUCGGCAGCCCGGGGCCCCAAGGAGGUGGUGGCCACCGUGAAGCCGGUCACCAGCGGCAGGUACCCACUGCGAGCACCAUCGGGGCGUCCGGUGGCCAGCCGGCCCCCAGUCUUCGUCUCGCGGGAGCUCCCAUCCGAGGGGCAACAGGUCCAGACCCAGCUGCACCGGAGCUGCAGCGAGGACUUCUACACCUACCACAACGUGCCCUGGAAAAUAUACAUCCGCAAGGAGGUUUUCUACCCCAAGGACAGCAUCAACAACCCACUGCUGCUUGACCUCAUCUUCCGGCAGAUCUUCAACGACACGCUCUCUGACACCUGCAUCCGGAUCAGCCAGGAGGAGCGGCUCCGCUUGAAAUCCCUCUUUGCGGAAAACAAGCUGGACUCCUUCAGCCCCGUGGCCACCGAGAGCGUCAAGAGGGAGAUCAUUGCUGCAGCCCGCGACGGCUGCGAGGUGUAUUUCUCACGCCUCUUCCCAGCCACGGGCAGCGUGGGGACAGGCGUGCAGAUCCUGGCUGUGUCCCACACCGGCAUCAAGCUGCUGCGGCUGGUGAAGGGCACCAACGUCCCCGGGGAGCAGCUGCGGGUGCUGCGGAUGUACAGCUACGCCGAUGUGCUGUUCGUCACCACCCCGUCCAGGAACAUGCUGGAGUUCAACCUGCGCAGCGAGAAGCUCAUCCUCUUCUCCCCCAAAGCCUCCCAGGUCAAAGCCAUGGUCGACCAGUUCAUCACGGAGCUCAGGAAGGACUCCCAGUAUGUGGUGGCCGUGAGGAACUACAGCCCAGAGGAUGGGCGCCAGCUCAGCUUCCACAAAGGGGACAUCAUCCAUCUGCAGCCUCUGGAGCGCCCCGAGAGAGACCACUACUAUGGCUGCGUGGUCCGCAAGAAGGUGAUGUACCUUGAGGAGCUGAAGACAGGCACCCAGGAUUUUGGGUGGAAGUUCGGGGCCAUCUAUGGCAGGUCGGGGCUCUUCCCCACCGAGUACGUCCAGCCCGUCGCAGCCCCUGACUUCGUCCACUUGCCAGCGGAGAGGAAAGAGGAGCCCAGGGACAAGCAGGGCAAGGUGGCAUCUUCGGCUGCUGUGGCUGUGGCCGUGGCCUCCACCGCUGUGGCCCAGGAGUUGGACCGGAAAACCGAGGUGUCCCCCACCAGCACAACCUUUGUGGAGGGUCUGGGGGGAGAUGGCAGCGAGCGGCUGGGGGCCGCCGUGGGGACCUGCCCCAUGUUGGCCUUCGCCCGGCGGUAUUUCCGCGCAGUGCGGCAUGGGACCACGGAAUCCUGCGGGACAAGGACAAAGAGGGAUGUGCCUGAUGCGAUGGAGAUGCUGACGUUCACCAAGAUCCCCAUCCAGGAGUCACUCAUCGAAUUUGUGGAUGGUGGCAUCAGCAAACUGGCCACCGAGGCUUUCCAAGCCGUGAUGAAGUUCAUGGGUGACCACCCUCUGCGGGGGCAGACGGAGCUGGAUGCCAUCUGCACCGUCCUCAAGCUGUGCGCGGAGCACGAGGUCCUGCGGGACGAGGUGUACUGCCAGAUCAUCAAGCAGGUCACCAACAACACCAGCUCCAAGCCGGACAGCUGCCAGAAGGGCUGGAGGCUGCUCUACAUCCUCGCUGCCUACUACAAAUGCUCUGAGGUGCUCAAACCCUUCCUCCUGGCCUUCCUGCAGGAUGCCAGCAGGCACCCGGAGCUGCCCUUCCAGGGCAUCGCCAAAGCCUGUGAGCAAAACCUGCGGAAGACCCUGCAGUUUGGUGGCCGCAGCCUCUUCCCCAGCAGCAUGGAGCUCAAGGCCAUGGUGGCUGGACGCAGUGCCAAGCGCCAGCUCUUCCUCCUGCCCGGUGGCAUCGAGAGGCACCUCAAGAUCAAGACGUGCUCGGUGGCUCUGGACGUGAUUGAGGAACUGUGCAACGAGAUGGGCCUGCAGCACCCAGAGGCUUUUGACGAGUACAUCCUCUUCGUGGUGACCGACAGAGGGCAGAGCGUGCGGCCGCUGACCCGCCGGGAAUAUGUCCUGGACGUGGCCGCCGAGACGGAGCGCAGGGACACCAGCUACACCUUCUGGUGCCGCCGCGUGGUCUGGAGCCAGCCCCUCAAGUUCGACAACGAGCUCUACGUCACCGUGCACUACAACCAGGUGCUCCCCGACUACCUCAAGGGGCUGUUCACCAUCCUGCCGCCUGCCAGGGCAGGAGAGCAGCACUUCCCACAGGUGGCCAAGCUGGCCGCCCUCCAGCACCGAGCCAAGGACCGCCACCACGUCCCCACCGCGCGGGAGGUGCAGGACUACGUCCCCCCCCAGCUCUUCCGCCUGCUGAAAGCCCAGUCCUGGCUCCACAUGGUGACCCAGCACAUGCAGCAAGCCCAGGCGCUCAGCGCCCACCAGGCCAGGGCACAGUUCCUGGGGCUGCUGAGUGCCUACCCCAUGUUUGGCUCGUCCUUCUUCUACAUCCAGAGCUGCAGCAACAACGCCAUCAUCUCACCCUGCAUCUUGGCCGUCAACCAGAACGGCCUCAACUUCCUCAGCAAGGAGACCCACGAGCCCAUCGCCAAGUUCUCGCUGAAGGAGAUCCAGUCGACACGGACGCAGCGGCCGACGGCCGGGUCCAGCUCCCCCUACGUGGAGAUCACGCUGGGCGACCUCCUGGCCCAGGGCAUCACCCAGCUGCAGCUAGAGCAGGGCCUGGAGCUGUGCCGCGUGGUGGCCGCGCACAUGGAGCGGCUGCUGGGAGCCCGGGAGAAGAGGCUGACGCUGCCGCCCAGCGAGAUCACCCUGCUCUGAGCCCACCGCGGGACCCCCACCACGGGGGGGGACAGAG